AUGGCGUCGCCAUUUCACCUCGAGAACAUAUUCCUGCUGGCCACCGUCCUCCUAGUCGCCGUUUCUGUCGCUGUCCUCCUUCGCAUUCGCUACCGCCGUGGCCUACGCGAUAUCCCUGGACCAUUUCUCGCCAGCAUUCUCCCAUUUGAUAGAAUGCUGUCAACUUACUCUGGUCAUCAAUUCCAACGGCACCUAGAUUACCAUGCGAAGUAUGGGAAGCUUGUGCGAGUUGGUCCCAACCAUGUCAGUCUUGGAGACUCGGAGCAGAUCUCCAAUGUUUACAGCAUCACGAGUAAAUUCGACAAGAGCAACUUCUACACCCUCUUCCAUGCAAAGUCACCCGUCGGCCCCAUCCCCACCGUGUUCUCCAUUAUCGACCCUGUCGGCCACAAAAGCCUCAAACGGCCCGUGGGGUCUGCGUAUGCGCUGUCUUCGCUCCUCGACUUCGAACCACUGGCAGAUGACUGUACGCGGAUCUUGGAAAGGAAACUCGAUGCCUUGGAGGGCAAGGCUAUUGACUUCGGCACAUGGUUGCAUUGGUACGCUUUCGACGUCAUUUCCAGCAUUACCUUUUCGAAUCGUCUCGGUUUCAUGGAGAACGAGGAAGAUGUGAAUGGCAUUAUCGCCGCAAUCGAAGGUCGCUUGUUCUACAACUCCAUCAUAGGACAAGUCCCCUGGAUGAACCAAUGGCUGUUAGGCAAUCGUUUCGUGUCGAGAUUGGCGGACAAAAUCCCCUCGAUCAAGAGACUAAACUCCGCGGCGUACAUUGUGCAAUUCGCGGCCCGGCAGUUGCAGAUGAGACAGAAUGUCAAGGCCGAGCACGGGCGAUCGGACAUGCUAGACAAAUUCAAAAGAACCAGGGAGGGCGAGGAGGUAAUGAGCGAAAAGGAGUUGUUGGGACAUGCGAGUUCGAAUGUGUUUGCGGGGUCGGAUACCACCGCCAUUUCUCUGCGAGCUUUGUUCUACCACCUCUGCAAGAAUCCUCAAGCAUACCGGAAGUGCGUAGACGAGAUCCUCGACUUCGACGCGAGAGGUGAAUUAUCCGAGCAUGUGACGUACUAUGAGGCUCAGCGGAUGCCGUACUUCCAGGCAUGUAUGCGGGAGGCACUACGGAUGCAUCCAGCUGUGGGACAGCUGCUCGAGCGUAUCGUGCCGGACGGCGGCGCCACAAUUGACGGCGUAUAUCUCCCCGCAGGGACCAUAGUCGGAAUGAACCCAUGGGUCGCGGCGAGAGACACGGCCGUCUACGGACACGAUGUUUACAGCUUUCGGCCUGAGAGAUGGAUCGAGGCCGAUGAGAGGACAUUAAAGUUCAUGGAUCGAAAUUGGCUUGCAUUUGGUGCCGGUGCAAGAACCUGCCUAGGAAAGAAUAUCUCGCUGAUGGAAAUGUCAAAACUGGUGCCACAGUUACUCCGUCGCUAUGAUGUCAAACUGGCGGACCCGAAUGCAGAAUGGGAAUUGUUUGACUAUUGGUUCGUCAAGCAAGAGGGCCUCAGGUGUGUCCUCACGAGGAGAGGAAAGCAACAAUAA